CAGUCAAUUUGUGGCAUUUGUAUAAAAUGGACGCAGCUUAUGUGAAAUUUAUGAUGUGCCGGUGCCUUAUGAAUCGGGCGGAUUGGGGCUUAGCCAUUGGUUGCAUGAAUAUUGUGUACUCCUUUUUCCUCUUUCAAUUUUGGGCAGUGGAACUCGUCAGAUCCCUCAACAAUUAUACCAUCAAGUGGGUUUUGUUGUACGGAUUCAACAUGAUGUUCAAUGUGAUCGCCAUGAUGAGAAUUGUGAAAAGGGAAAGUAUCUCGGUCUUCUACUGGAUGUGCGAGACUGGUGCCCUUUUAAUAUUCCGAGUGCAUCACAUAUAUUACAACGUAGAUGAGUUUUGGCUAGCCGAAAGUAAGUUGUACCACGUUUGCAAUAUUAUAAUCGAUGCUUACAUUGGACUGUCGUUGCUGGCCAUGAUUUAUGUUAUGUGUGGCUUGGAGCUAGAGAGCCAAUACCCCGAGGAUGAAAUGGAAAAUGAUUGCAAAUUCGAUCCAGAGUCAGCCAAAAGAGCUGCUCAAAAGGAUGAGGCGGAGUUGCUAGCAAGGAAUCAGGAGGAGCAGGCGCACUUGGAACAGAGAAAGCUAGAAAGCGAUCGUGAAAUGGAGGAAUUAAAUCGCAAAGCCACUUUAAAACUGGCUCAGCUCGAGGAGGAGGGAUCCCUGUCCAGCCAGGAGAUAGCACCCACAGCACCCGAAGAGGAAAAUCUCGAUUCCAGCAUUUUCCUCAUGCAAGACUUUCCCGGACCUUCAGCUCCGCCAGAAAGCGUACUCUCCAUCGAGCCGGAUUUCUACUAUGAGAUCAAUGAUAUAGUUGACUCCGGCGAUCAACAGAAUUAUUAAUCAUUCCCUCGAAUAGAUAGCCAUAAGUUUUACAUUCGCUGGCAGUGCAACAUAAACAAUCUAAAUGGAAGUAAAUAACAUUUUCACUUGACCCCCAAAAGUCUGACCGCAACUUUUGGCAACAAAAGCCCAAAAACGAAGAACAACAAACAAACAAAUGGAGGAAAACUUGACUUAACUUUUCCGACGGGGCUUUGCCAGGGAAUGGGGGUUUCCUCUGUUGGAUAAGGGAUUACGAUCAAAGCGUUCGAUUGAGUGUGUC